AUGGGAUCGAUAUAUAAAAAAAAAUUUACGACGAAGAAAACUAAAACAAAAAUAUUAAUUUUCUAUCUUAUUCGGUAAGAAGCUUUCACGCGACUUAGUUGUUAAGUUAGUAUUGUGUUGUAACAAUGACAUUUUUGGCUGUGAUUUUACUCGCUGUUUAUUUUAGCUGUAACGUACGUUCUGAAGUUACUCCGAAUUCUAAACUGCCCAUUCUGCGCUAUAAUGAAGAUGGAUAUCUUGCGUCGAGCAGAUCAUCUCGGAUCGUUGGUGGAACACCAGCUGCUCCAGGCGAGUUUCAAGGAAAGAUAUCCAUUCAACAAGCCAACCUAUAUCCGUUAAAUGUGUAUCACUUUUGUGGAGGAACUCUAAUUCAUGAAAGUCACGUUCUUACUGCAGCUCAUUGUGUUACGACAGACAGAGGAGUUGUCAGGAGUCCUAGCUUUUUCAUGUUAGUCGGCGACGAGCUGUAUCUCAGCUUGCUCAGUGCCACACGUCAAUCUCGGAUUGCUUCGCACGUCUUUGUGCAUCCGGACUACUCGAUUGAAGGCAUCUUAAAUGAUGUUGCGGUGAUCCGAACAAGUUCACCAUUUACAGUCACAGCCACAUUUUCGCCGGUUGCCCGGAUACAAUACUCUCCGAAUGUGGGCACAUCGUGUAGUGUUGCAGGAUGGGGUGCACUUUUCUAUAAUGGGCCGUCUCCCGACAAUUUGCUACGAAUUAACGCUACCGUAAUCAGUCGAACGGUCUGCAACGGGCCCAAUUCCUAUGGCGGUGCGAUAAAAAGCGGAAUGAUUUGUGCCGGGGACAUGGCUGGAGGCACUGAUGCUUGUCAAGGUGAUAGCGGGGGCGGACUCAUGUGUGGAAUUUAUGUGGCUGGUGUAGUGUCCUGGGGUGCAGGAUGUGCUGAAGAGAAUCUUCCCGGAGUAUAUACGGAUGUGGCCGCUUACAACAGUUGGAUUGACGAAAAAAUCUACUGGGCUGGGGAACAGCAAGAUAUACCAACACCGACUACUGUUGCUAUAACUACUCCUACUACUCCCACUACUCCGCCCAGCUUUCCGAGUCAUGGAACUGCAGCAGUAUUAUCAUUUGGCUUGAUUUCUUUGUGUCUUUGCGUGCUGACAGCGGCACACUUAGAUUGGAGAGUGAUUUAAGGAAUUUAAAUGUUUAAGAUGUUAUUGACUUCUAACCAUAAAUAAAAUGGUUGGGCGAUUAAACCGUACA